GUAAUGUCUUUUGUGAAAGGUGGCGGGAAGCCAGAGAAGCCUUCGUUCUGUCCAGAUGAAAUUUUUGCUAUUGUUGAGCGUGCGUGGAUUUAUGAGCCAGAGGAGCGGCCACGAUUCGCCGAUCUUUUGCCUGAGCUCGAAGCUCUGCGCGGCUGUCCUGCCUACCAGGUACUUUUAAAAUAUCCUUCCCACGGAAUUCUUUUAAUGAUUCUCGAGGAUACGCCUUAUCCGCCGAGCUCUACUACACUUACAGUAGAAUCAAAUUUCGAGCUUUCUUUCAAUUCGAAUAUUAGUCACGGUGAGAGUGGACGCAGCGGAAGUGUGCGCUUUGACAAGAGCGGUUGGUUUUCAUGUGCUUUUUGCAGCUGUACAAUGCGGAAAAUGCAUAUUGACAAGAGGUUGUCUGUGUGUGUGUGUCUGUAUGUGCGCAGGGCCUCUGUAUUGAUUUUUCAUCUCGAGACCUACAAAAGCUACAGGGCUGAAACUUUGGGAACUGGAUCUACAUGUACAUCAGGGCCCCCAUCCCCAAAAUGGGCGGUCUUACCAGCGUAG